AUGUAUGUUGCGUGGCAGACGAUGGCACUAUGUAAAAAUCCUUCUGAUGAUGCAUAUUCAAAAUUAUACAACCAUGAUUCUCAAGAUCUUAUCAAUAAACGCUAUUUUAGAAUCGAACCAGCGGCAACAGCUUUUACUCUUGAUGUUGAACCAAUAAGUUAUCCUGAUAAAUGUGAAUUAAAACAAUUGUAUUUACUUACUAGACAUGGAUCAAGGUUGCCAGAUGAAGAUGAAAUUCUAAUGUAUGAUGAGUUGAAAAAAAUAUUUGCAGAUGUUUCUGUUGCAAAAGAAUGGUAUAAAAAUUCUUUUACCAUGGAAAGAAAUUUCCAAUUGGUUCACCGCGGAGAAUUAGAGCCAUAUUAUGACGGAAAACAAUGUGCUUUAAGAUAUGAGAAAUUUUGGGAUACCAUUAAAAAAGAAACCGGUAGAUUUGAUCCUAAUGUUGUAAAUUUUCAGGGUUGCUCUUUUUCAAGAUGCGGUGAGUCGUCAAUGUCAUUUUCUGAAGGAUUAUUUGAUGGUUAUGGCAUAGUGGGUCCCUGUAAAAAUCAGCCAGUAUACAUUACAUCUACACCAGUGAGACAAGAUUAUGUUUUAGAACCGUAUCAAGAUUGUCUACUUUUAAACACUACUGUUUACACUAAUAAUCCAAUAUAUAAUGAACAAAAUUAUACAUAUGGUAAUAUGACCUUAGCACCAAUUGCUGAGCGUAUGUCCAAAGAUUAUGGCAUCAACCCACCUCUUAAUCCGUAUUUAGUACCAUAUAUAUAUCAUUAUUGUGAAUUCUCAGUUUUAACCUUUAAUCGAACUGACACUUGGUGCUCAUUACUAAGUGAACUUGAUAUUAAAAAAUUGCGUUCUGUAAUGCAAGCUGAUCUGAAAAAUGGCCAUGCAUAUGGCAUGCUUAUGGUACUUACUACAUUGGGUGUACAUAGAAAUCCAACACUCACUGCGAAUUUUACCGUUGAACAAAUGACAGAGAUUAAAUAUACGCAGGCUAAAACUAUAUUUUGUACGAUUGGUACUUAA